GGGAGGGGUUGAAGGCCUUGGUAGUGGGGGCGGAUGAGCUGGGGCCGGGGGGUUGGUAUUCGAGCUGUGCUAAGAGUCAGCAGCCGUUAAUGGUCAGGGCAUUCGGACGGCAGGUUCGACGAGGACUGGCGCUUGAAGGCCACGGCUGAGGCGGAUUCUCGGGAGGUGCCGCUGCGCGCGCGGGAAUGGGCCGCAAGCGCAGGGCGACCUAGGGGCGGGUGAGAACGUUCUCGGCCUGUAAAAACAGGCUCGCCUGGAUUAGUUGAAGUUCCGGGCUUUUUUUCUCGAAGGACCCGAGCGUGCGCGUCCAUAUGAAUCACCGCCGAGACCGCUGUGUCCUGUGUGCAGUAGCAUCACCCAGAAGCAAUUUUUUCUUGGGGACCAGGCCGGCUGCUUUCGUUUCCUCUUAUGACAGGUGCUUGAUUGGCUUGUCCUGUCGGUUAGGCAGCCCCCACGAGAUUAUCUUAAGGUAGAGCCAGAUCAAGGGUAGUCACCUGGGGUUUCCCAGGGACCGGUACCUUAAGGGCUUGUACAAGGUGUUAGAAGUAAGCAAACCCCGGGUUUCUGCAGUCUUUCUGGUCCCCACUCUUAUCCCGUGCUGCGGCUUUCCAUAAGGCUUAUUAGGCCUUGGUUUUCCAUUGUGUUAUAGGGUGAGAAUUGUAGCUGAAGUUCUGAGGGUAAGGUGUUUUGCCCACAGGAAGUCUACUGACCCUGUCUGUAGCAGGAAUCAUUCAGCCUCAGGGUGUUUUGUAUGCGGCUUCUCAGCUGGAACACUUUGGCAGUUUUGGCUUGGAUCUUUGUGAAUCCUGUGAAUUUAAGACCUGGUGUCUCUGUGCAGUGGUUUCUCAGUGAAGAGAAGGUACCCGAAUAGGAAGCAAGGACCACAGAGGGCGGCUGUCUGCCCAGUCCAGCACCAUGCACACGCUUGUGUUCCUCAGCACACGCCAGGUGCUUCAGUGCCAGCCAGCUGCCUGCCAGGCCUUGCCCCUGCUGCCCCGAGAACUCUUCCCUCUGCUGUUCAAGGUGGCCUUCAUGGACAAGAAGACAGCCGUGCUGCGUGAGCUGGUGCACACGUGGCCCUUUCCCCUGCUCAGUUUCCAGCAGCUGCUGCAGGAGUGUGCCCACUGCAGUCGAGCCCUGCUGCAGGAACGGCUCAGCACAGAAAGCAUGCAGGCUGUGAUCCUGGGACUGACCGCCCGGAUACAUGCUCGAGAGGCAGAGGCUGGCACGCAGCCCGUGUGCAGGAAGCAUACACUGCGGGUACUGGACAUGACUGGCCUCCUGGAUGAUGGUGUGGAGCAGGAUCCAGGAACCAUGAGCAUGUGGGACUGUACAGCGGCGAUAGCCAGAACUUGUAUUGCCCAGCAGCAGGUCGGGACUGCUAAGCCAGGGCUGUCACCGGUCCCCGUGGAAAUUCGUGUAGACCUUCGGGUAAACCGGGCCUCCUACACAUUCCUUCGUGAGGCACUCCAGAGUAGUGUGGACAGCCUGCUGCGGCUCUGCUGCCGGGACCUCCGGGCUGAGGAUCUGCCCAUGCGUAACACUGUGGCCCUACUACAGCUUCUAGAUGCAGGCUGUCUGCGCCGUAUAGACCUGCGCUUCAAUAACCUGGGCUUGCGUGGCCUGUCUGUCAUUAUCCCACAUGUGGCCCGCUUUCAGCACCUAGCCAGCCUGAGGCUGCAUUAUGUGCAUGGGGACUCCAGACAGCCCUCCGUGGAUGGUGAGGACAACUUUCGCUACUUCCUGGCCCAGAUGGGCCGGUUCAUCUGUCUUCGAGAGCUCAGCAUUGGCUCUUCUCUCCUCUCAGGCAGGCUGGAUCAACUGCUCAGCACCCUGCAGAGGCCCCUGGAAAGCCUAGAGCUGGCCUUCUGUGCACUGUUGCCUGAGGACCUACGCUUCCUGGCUCAGAGCUCUCAUGCUGCCCACCUCAAAAAGCUGGACUUGAGUGGGAAUGACUUGUCAGGCAACCAGCUGACACCCUUCCAGGGCCUGCUGCAGGCAGUAGCAGCCACACUGCUGCAUCUUGAGCUGACCGAGUGCCAGAUUGCUGAUGCCCAGUUGUUGGCCACACUGCCCACCCUGACUCGCUGUGCCAGUCUCCGAUACCUUGGUCUCUAUGGCAACCCUUUGUCUAUGGCAGGACUUAAAGAGCUGCUUCGGGACUCUGUGGUACAGGCUGAGCUACGUACUGUGGUGCACCCUUUCCCUGUGGACUGCUAUGAGGGUCUUCCUUGGCCGCCACCUGCCUCUGUCCUUCUGGAAGCCUCCAUCAAUGAGGAGAAGUUUGCCCGUGUAGAAGCUGAGUUACACCAGCUGCUGUUAGCUUCAGGCCGUGCCCAUGUACUCUGGACCACAGACAUCUAUGGCCGGCUGGCUGCAGACUAUUUUAACCUCUGAUCUCCAGGGUCUCAGUGAAGUCUUAGGUUUUCUGCAGUUUGCCUUUCUCCUGGGUACACCUUGAGUCACCUCUACUUUCUGCAGUAUCCUUCACCUGCUGCCUCUUGGUGUCUCAGGCCUGUGCUCCCCUGUUCUGUAUGAUGUACUUGAUGGCUCUGCUGAGUUGCAGUGUCUCUGUAGAAAAUGGUUCCUGGACACAUCCUAUGCCCUCAGCAGGGGUGCAGUACAUUGAGGUAGAUGUUAGGAUGAUCUGCUCCAGGGCAUCUUUGGGUCUUAUACUGUGUACCCUGCCUGGCACCCUAGUACCUGGCUCUGGAGGGUGUGAGUAAGGUACAAAUGUGCAGUAUCUGAAAUGUGAAUUUAUGGGCUUUUUGAUGUGUGUGUCCUAAUUGGAUGGGAAAGACUUACCUGCUUUUCUAGUGUUGCC